UUCUGAACCACAGGACACGCACAGCAAGACCCGAACCCAGAGCAGACCUGAUCCAGACCCAGACCUGAUCCAGACCUUUCUGUGGAACCACCAUGAGUCAUGUAGACGUGAAGAACCUGAAGCCCACCAGCUUUGAGGAGGAGUACUAUGACCAAUAUGAGUACUACAACCUGACCGACAAGUACACAGAGGGCUCGUCCAGGAAGGGCAGGACGAAGAAGGAGUCCAGUGAAAACACAAACCGACCAAACCCUGGAGGACAUGAACGGAAGAUAGUGGAAAAACUGCAGAACAGCGAGAAGAACCGGAAGCAGGACCAGAAGCAGGACCAGGAGUGAAAACACUGAGGACGACCCGGACGGCUCAUCCCGACACCGACUUUGGCUUCGUUGCCAACUGAUCCAGACUUCAGGAGCCGAGCUCCAACGGCAACGCUGAACCUGGACCACGGAUCCAGGGAUCUGCAGGCUGCCGCCCCCGCCCUCUGUGGGGGGGCGGGGUUCACCUGGGCCAUGCCCCUUCACCUGGGCCCGGGUUGGACCGAGCCGGUUUGACCUGGCGACGCCUGGCUGGUGAUGAAUGAAAGUGUUUCUAAAUGUUUGUACAUUAAAAGGUUUUGAACCAUGUGAGUGUUUGAAUUUAAAUGGAUGAAGGAGGAGAAUGUUUGUGUUCCAUUAAACACAAAAACCAAACAGAUGAAUGUCUAUGUCGCAUGAUCAGUUUAUCGCAAAUAAAACCUGUGUUAAAAAACAAACAAACCAUGUUAGGGUUGGAAAUGUGAGGGUUAGCCGCUAACGUUAGCUUAUAGUUGAUGACAUCAUAGCCUCAGUUUGGUCAAAAAAA